UGGUGGAUCAGACUGAUGACGACGACGGCGAACUCCGUUGACUGAGGCGGACAGGCAAAUCUGUAGUAGCGAUCUAGCUUGGGUCUGCAGGGCUUGGGGUCGGUGAAUUUAAUUCGCUCGAUGAUCGGUGCAUCGGUAAGAAAGCCACGUGUUAAAGCCACACCCUUUUUUUUGCGUGACACUAUGGCCAAUGUGUGGAAGCCUACUAGAGGUGUUACUAUCAUUGAGAUAGGUGCACAAAGAUACCCGUUUCAAUUUUACAAUGAAAAUGAUAUGAUACGUGUGUUGGAGGAAGGACCGUGGACUUUCGAUCAGAACCCAAUCGUGCUUGCUAGGUUAAAGCAGGGUGAUCUGCCUUUGCAGAUGUCGUUGAAUAGGGCUGACUUCUGGUUACAGGUCCAUGAUGUACCAAUGGGAUUCUUUUCAAUUGAAAAUGCUAUCAAAAUUGGGAAUUUUGUUGGGAGAUUUGUCAAGGUGGAUGAACAGAAUUUCUCGAUGGAAUGGAACCCCUUCAUGCGAGUGAGGGUUAGUAUUGACUUGAACAGGCCUUUGAAGAGAAAAUUGUUCCUUCAAUCAGACGAAGGGGAAAGUUUUUGUGUUAAAUUUAGGUAUGAAAAAUUGCCUAGUUUUUGUUUUGCAUGUGGAAUUAUAGGUCAUUCAGAAAGGUUUUGCCCACACUACCCUGAUGGCAAGGACAGACGUGGAGGAUUUCGUUUCGGACCCGAACUGAGAGCUUCGAAAGGCAACGCAUCGGGGGGAGGGAACAAAUGGUUAGUCCCAAUUGGAAAAUGAAAAGAAAAAGAAGAUGGAUUAGGGAUGACUAGUUUGGAUGCAGAUGGAGGACCACAACAAGCGAAGGCUCAUACUCAGACAGGAGACAAGGGGGAACAGAAACGCAGAUGCGUGGAUCAUGAAGAACAAGGAAAAACACAAAAGGAUAUGGAUGUGGAGAUGCGCACUUCAAAAAACAGGGAGGGGGCGGGUUACAAUGCCCGCCUACCUUGCAAAUAGAAGAUGAGUUGGGGAAAGCACAAGGGAUGGAAGGUUAUAUCAUCCAUCGUCUGAAAGUUUAUUUUUGUUGCAAUUUUCUUUUUAUUCAGAACUCAUUUGUUUGUUUCUUUGUAUUGUUAUUUUCAAUAAGGGUGAGGGGAUGGUAGGUUGUUGUUUUUUGAGUAGUUUUUUUUAUGGAGGCAAUCAGGCUGUCACAGCCGCUAAUAGCUUCUUUGCUCUCACCGUUUCAGCGAUUAGUCUUGCUCCUAGUGGGGUAGAUUAUUCUAUGUUUGGGCAUGACGUGAGGGGGGCGAUAGGCUUUUGGUAUUGCGAGUCUACAG